CAGGAAACUCUGUGGGCGGGGCUCCGCGCCGUCACGUGGCGGAGGCGAGGCGUGAGGGGAGCCCGGCAAGAUGGCGAAGGUCUCGGAUAUGUACGAUGUCACUUGGGAAGAGAUGCGAGAUAAAAUGAGGAAAUGGAGGGAAGAGAACUAUCGGAACAGUGAGCAGAUAGUGGAAGUUGGAGAAGAAUUAAUUCAUGAAUAUGCAGCUAAGCUUGGCGAUGACAUCUGGAUAAUAUACGAGCAAGUGAUGAUUGCUGCAUUGGACUGCAGUCGGGAUGACUUGGCACUGUUUUGUCUUCAAGAGCUAAGACGGCAAUUCCCUGGGAGCCAUAGAGUUAAGCGGUUAACAGGCAUGAGAUUUGAAGCCAUGGAGAGGUAUGAUGAUGCAAUCCAGCUAUAUGACAGGAUUUUACAAGAAGAUUCAACUAAUACUGCAGCAAGAAAGCGUAAGAUUGCCAUUCGAAAAGCCCAGGGGAAAAAUGCAGAAGCCAUCCGAGAGUUGAAUGAGUAUCUGGAACAAUUUGUUGGUGACCAAGAAGCCUGGCAUGAACUCGCAGAACUUUACAUCAAUGAACAUGAUUAUGCAAAGGCAGCCUUUUGCUUGGAGGAACUCAUGAUGACUAACCCCCACAACCACUUAUAUUGCCAGCAAUUUGCAGAGGUUAAAUAUACCCAAGGAGGGCUUGAAAACCUUGAGCUCUCAAGAAAAUAUUUUGCACAGGCGUUGAAGCUGAACAACAGAAACAUGAGAGCAUUAUUUGGACUUUAUAUGUCUGCCAGCCAUAUUGCUUCCAAUUCCAAGGCAAGUGCAAAAAUGAAAAAAGAUAAUAUGAAGUACGCUGGUUGGGCGGCAAACCAAAUAAAUAGAGCUUACCAGUAUGCUGGUCGCAGUAAGAAGGAGACGAAGUACUCUCUGAAAGCUGUAGAAGACAUGCUGGAGGCCCUGCAGAUAACCCAGUCCUAAAUAAUAGCGAAGCUACCCAGUGAUAGAUUUUCUUUCCUCAGCUCCAUGUCCAAACUCAAAUUAUCUAAGAGUUAUGCUAAUUUUAAAUUCCCAGUUGUGUUAACAAUGGUUUCAUGUUAGUGAAAGUGACUCUCUUAAAUAAUGUGUUUUAUAAAAGAUAUAAAAUUCCUAUUUAUUGCUGCUAUGAUGAAAAGCCACUGAAAUGAAUAAAAAGAAUAAAUUUAUUGAA